AUGAGUGUGUGGAUCUUUGUUAUGGCAGUGGUGCUCAACUGUGUGAACUUAUUCGCCCAAGUUCACUUCACAAUUUUGUAUGCGGACCUUGAAGCCGAUUACAUCAACCCUAUCGAACUAUGCUCGAAAGUCAACAAAUUGAUUACCCCAGAAGCAAUUUUGCAUGGUGCAAUUUCGCUGUCGUUUUUGUUGACCGGCCACUGGUUUGUGUUCUUGAUCAACUUGCCGUUACUCGCUUUCAAUGCCAACAAACACUAUUUGAAGCUACAGCUGUUAGAUGCAACUGAAAUUUUCAGAACACUAGGAAAACACAAGAAAGAAAGUUUCCUGAAACUUGGCUUUUAUCUAUUGAUGUUCUUCUUCUAUCUAUACAGAAUGAUUAUGGCUUUGAUUGCAGAAGGGGACUAA